CAGGAAAUAGUUCUCUGAUAGGUAGUGUUGUCGGAAGAUUACGACCUUUUCGGUUUUCACCCUUUCACGUAAUUCUAUGCUUUCAGUCUCUUACCAGUUGACAUCAGCACGAGACGAGAAUAUCUUUUUACGUUAUUUAUUUUUCUGCUUUAUAUUUGUUGAGCUGACUGACAAGAAAAAUAAAAAUGCUGUCAAGAUUAUUUCGCAUGCAUGGAUCAUUUGUUGCCUCUCACCCAUGGGAAGUUAUUGUUGGAACAGUCACACUUACAAUAUGCAUGAUGUCCAUGAAUAUGUUUACUGGGAAUGAUAAGAUCUGUGGCUGGAACUACCAGUGUCCAAAGUUAGAAGAGGAAGUCUUGAGCAGUGAUGUCAUAAUCCUAACCAUCACCAGAUGUAUAGCAAUCCUUUAUAUAUAUUUCCAGUUUCAGAAUCUGCGGCAGUUGGGAUCAAAGUAUAUUUUAGGUAUUGCUGGUCUGUUCACAAUUUUUUCAAGCUUUGUCUUCAGUACGGUUGUGAUACAUUUCCUGGACAAAGAGCUAACAGGCCUUAAUGAAGCCUUACCCUUUUUCCUUCUCUUGAUUGACCUUUCCAGAGCUAGUGCACUUGCCAAAUUUGCACUUAGUUCCAACUCACAGGAUGAAAUGAGAGAAAACAUUGCACGGGGGAUGGCAAUUCUUGGACCUACAUUUACACUUGAUGCCCUCGUAGAGUGCCUUGUGAUUGGUGUUGGUACAAUGUCAGGAGUGCGACAGCUUGAAAUCAUGUGCUGUUUUGGCUGCAUGUCAGUUCUGGCUAAUUACUUUGUAUUUAUGACCUUCUUCCCAGCCUGUGUUUCCUUGGUAUUAGAGCUUUCUCGUGAAAGUCGUGAAGGUCGUCCAAUCUGGCAGCUGAGUCACUUUGCUCGGGUGCUAGAAGAAGAGGAAGAUAAUAAACCUAACCCUGUGACUCAGAGGGUCAAGAUGAUUAUGUCUUUGGGUUUAGUUCUUGUUCAUGCUCAUAGUCGUUGGAUUGCUGAACCAUCAGAGCAGAAAAACACAACAGAAUCUUCCAGAAUUGGUCAUGGAUUUGAUGAAAAUGUCCCAAAAAGAAUUGAGCCAACAAUGCCUCUCUGGCAGUUUUACAUUUAUAGAAUGAUCAGUAUGGAUAUUGAACAAGUAAUUACUCUUGGCUUGGCUUUCUUCCUUGCUGUUAAGUACAUCUUUUUUGAGCAAGCUGAAAUUGAGUCAACACUUUCGCUUGUGAAUCCCAUCACAUCCACUGUCUUGCAUCAAAAGAAAUUCACAGGUGACUGCUGCAGGAAGGAACCUGAAUGCCAGAAAGACCAAAAGAAAUCUUCACUAAUAGUAGAAGAAGCAGUUCCUAUUUCUAAAGAGGAAAAAGAUCAAGUUAUCAAGCCUAAGUUUAUUGUUGGUGAUGGCACCCUUUCUGAUACUUCAUGUGAAAUUACUCCCACUGAGCCUGAGAUUUAUCUCCCUUUAGAACCACGUUCAGUUGAAGAAUGUCUGACUAUACUCAAAAACCCUGAGAAAGGUGCUCGAUUCUUAAGUGAUUUGGAGGUUAUUAAUUUGGUCAGUACUAAGAACAUUCCUUCCUACAAACUGGAAAACCUGAUGGAAACACCGGAACGUGGGGUAUCUAUCCGUAGAAAAAUGCUGUCUCACAGGCUCUUUGAUCCUUCAGCUUUGAAGUUCCUGCCAUUUGAAAACUUUGACUAUUCACGUGUUAUGGGAGCAUGCUGUGAAAAUAUUAUUGGAUAUAUGCCUAUUCCUGUAGGUGUGGCUGGGCCACUUCAUUUGGAUGGCAAAGAGUUUCAGGUUCCCAUGGCAACAACAGAAGGUUGUCUUGUGGCCAGUACAAAUCGAGGGUGUAAUGCAGUGUUUUUGGGAGGAGGAGCAACUAGUCGAAUUCUGGCUGAUGGAAUGACUCGUGGACCUGUUGUGAGGUUUCCUACAGCUUGCCAAGCUGCAGAAGUGAAAGCAUGGCUGGAAAAUGCAGAAGGAUUUCUUGUCAUUAAAGAUGCAUUUGACAGUACCAGCAGGUUUGCUCGACUUGAAAAGCUUCAUAUUGCUUUAGCUGGACGAAACCUAUACAUUCGCUUUCAGUCCAAGACAGGAGAUGCUAUGGGAAUGAACAUGAUUUCUAAGGGAACAGAACAGGCUCUUGCAAGGCUGGGGGAAGAGUUUCCCGAAAUGCAGAUCUUAGCAGUUAGUGGCAACUAUUGCACAGAUAAGAAGCCUGCUGCUAUUAACUGGAUUGAAGGAAGAGGAAAAUCUGUUGUUUGUGAAGCAACAAUCCCCGCCAGGGUUGUCAAAGAAGUAUUAAAAACUAGCACUGAAGCUUUAGUAGUUGUUAACAUCAACAAGAAUCUUGUGGGCUCGGCCAUGGCUGGCAGCAUUGGGGGUUACAAUGCACAUGCCGCAAAUAUUGUAACAGCCAUCUACAUUGCUUGUGGACAGGUAGGUGCUAAAUAUUUUUCUUUAAUUAUUGGCCAGUGUUCUGGCAUAUUGUGUAUAUCUGACAACAUUCUAAGGACUUCUUUUGUCCUCUCUGUCCCACAUAGCAUUAGCACUCCUUGUAACGAGCAUCAUGGUGGCUCAGUGUAA